CUAUGUAAAGGGAGCAACUGUUUGUCUCCGCAGCAGUCCUCAUUGGCCUAGAGCAAGGGCGGAGGGCACUUCCGAGGGAGGGAGCCCAGAGCAACAUUGCCUGGACUCCACUUUCCCUCACCAGCUCUGCUGUCCCACAUCAUGUUUGGAGAGCAUUGUGGUCUCCCUUCAGAGCGAACUCUACUCAGCCACCCUCCUAAAACUGGACUUCACUGCAAAAUGGUGCUUCAGGCCGUCAGCAAAGUGCUCAGGAAGUCUAAAGCUAAGCCAAACGGCAAGAAACCAGCUACAGAGGAGAAAAAGGUGUACCUGGAGCCGGAGCAUACCAAGUCCAGGAUCACUGACUUUGAGUUCAAGGAGCUGGUAGUGCUGCCCCGGGAGAUCGACCUCAACGAGUGGCUGGCCAGCAACACAACGACAUUUUUUCACCACAUCAACCUGCAGUAUAGCACAAUCUCAGAAUUUUGCACAGGAGAGACGUGUCAGACAAUGGCUGUGUGCAACACACAAUACUACUGGUAUGACGAGCGGGGGAAGAAGGUCAAGUGCACUGCCCCCCAGUAUGUUGACUUUGUCAUGAGCUCUGUGCAGAAGCUGGUAACUGAUGAAGAUGUGUUCCCCACAAAAUACGGUGACCAGCAUGGCUCAGCCAGCACCUGUUACUCUAGGCAAUUGCCACCCUGGGGGAGAGGUUGCUGGGAACUCUUUGGAGGAGUGGUAGCAGGCAGAGAAUUCCCCAGCUCCUUCGAGUCCUUGGUGAAGAAGAUCUGCAAGUAUCUGUUUCACGUAUUGGGCCACAUCUACUGGGCCCACUUCAAGGAGACCCUGGCCCUUGAGCUGCACGGACACUUGAAUACACUGUACGUGCACUUCAUCCUCUUCGCCAGAGAGUUCAACCUGCUUGACCCCAAAGAAACCGCUGUCAUGGACGACCUCACCGAGGUGCUGUGCAGCAGCCCAGGUAGCAGUGGUGCCACUGGGGAUGGGGCCAGCAGUGGAGUUGCCGGAGCACAGAACCACGUGAAGGAGAGAUGAGCCUCCAGGGCCAGAUGGGUGCACAUGUGCAAAGAGACAACUGUGUAUCAGUGUGUGCGCACACAUGCCCCGGCGUGCUGAUGGCAAGGUCUGAGGGCCCGGGCUGCUCGGAGUGUGGGCUCCAUGGAUGCCGCUGGAGCAAGACGUGUUUCCUGACUUCCCUGUUGGAUGGAUGAGUGCUGUUUGUAGUGAAGAGCCUUUGGAGUCAUUCAUUCAUUCAACAAACAUUUAUUGGACUGAUGUUUUGAUUUUUCUUCUGUGGGGUUUUCCUUUCUUGGGUCUUCCAUAUGGCUCUUGCCCUCUCCUUCCCUCUGGGGGAAAGGGCUCUGUGGCUUUGAAAGAAGCACCUUAUGAGAGGUGUCUCCCCCUUACGGGGCUUGCCCUGCAGACCUGGAGUUCUGCUGUGCUUUGGGGAUGGGCUUUUACAGAGGCCCACCCUGCAGCUUUUCUCCCUAGCCCUUGCCUGGACUUUAGCUCAGAGUCUCUGGGGUAGAGAGGCCUGGGAUGACCCAGGAGGGCCCACAUCUGCUGCUUGCUCCUAUCAACCCCUUCUUGCUGCCUCCUCAGUGCCCAAGGAGGUCCCAUUUUGCAUAGGGGCCAGGGCAGCACCAGGACCCCUCUGAGGUCCUGUGUGAAGACAGGGCUGUCAGUGAAAGGCAGAAUCUGCUUUAGUUCAUCUGUUCAGAUAUAAUAAAAAGAAUUCUCUCAGGUCAGA